AUGACCAUUCGGCAAUAUCAGAGAGCAAUUUCUUCGGCCAUUAUUUCUUUAUUCGGGUCGGGGUUUUUGACCACGGAAUUUGAUGAUACCGCUACCAUCACACUCCGAGCAAUUGCUUUUAGUGAGGUAGCGAUUACCAUUAAUCGAGCAGUCAGCACAGUAAUCAUAAUUCUUAAAAGUGAGGAAGUUAUCUCCGCACCCUAUACAUUCUUUGGUUUUUCUUUUAGUCAUGGACUAGUCGUUAGUUUG